CAGUCACUUCAAGUCUUCCAAUGCCACAGCAAGUUGGCCAAAGCGCUCAGGAAACGCCGCGUAGCAGCCAGAUAUAUUUACACACAAAUUAAAAGCAAUUACCGCCUGCUAAAACGACCCAUUAAGUGCCCUUGGCGUGUACGGCGAGAAGCUGGCGAUGGAGAUGGCGCAGAGGAGCCGUCUCAGGGGACCUGGUAAAAAAGGCACGAUUAGCGCUGGAAAAGAGCUGGAAAAAUCGAUAUCCGCCCCGUCAGGAGCUCAGCACAAAAUGCAUCCAUAAGUCUACCAAUCAAAAGGAAAAAACCAAAAUAAAACACGAUAUCCCAAUGACCUGGAGGGAGGGCUCGGCACCCAGCCAGCAAAAGCCCUUCAAGUGUGCCCGAGGAGGAGUAGCUCUGCAUAUGCACCCGUUGAAUGAAAACCCAGCGGUGGUGGUGGUGGUGUUUGUGUCGCGUAGCCCUUGGUUCACCCCUAAGUCAGCAUUGCCAGCCGCCUUCGAGCCGCGGAUUAAGCACUCAUGUCGUCGUCAUCGUGUCUACUAUUCUAGUGGUUGUUGCAAGUGCUAAGAGUGGAACCCCUUUCAUGGGGCAGCAGGGGCAGUAGGAGUAAUGCUCAAUACCUAAGCCGAAUGAAUGCAACAAAUCACUAAAUAAGUCUUCCAAACAUAGUCAGUAAUUAAUUAGUAUAAGUUGCGAAGUGGAGAAGGCAAGUGCACGAAGUUGCAGCAGCGGAGUAAAUCAAAUAACCAUAAUCCAAUGUCUCCUAAAAACUAUCCAACGUCUUCCAGAUGAAUAAGGAUUUAUUGAAACAUCACGGUCUCUGCGAAAUGUAGCCGAAAGUGUGAACCAAAUAUAUGCUAAUCCAUCGUCUUCCAAUCGUAACCGAUGAAAUUAUAGCAAAGUAUCUUGUAAAGGAAAACUAUUUUUGUAUUGAUAUAAAGCAAAAACAUUCUGCGAAUCCAUUGUCUUCCAAUUGCAUGGAUUUAAACAUAUAUUAUAUAUAACAUAAAAAAAAAACGCGAAUCAAAAAUCUGAAAUCAAGUAUAAUUAAAAUCCAUCGUAUACCAAUAACAUGGAUAUUUAAAGUUGAAAUAACGUCUUUUCAAAAUAAUUACAAAUUAAAAAAAUACAAACAAAUUACAAAUUAAGUCAAAAUACACGCGGAAUAAAAUAAACUAAAGCCUAAAAUCCACUGUCUUCCACACACAUGGAUUAAAAUUUUACGAUAAAUACGAAUAUUCUGCCUUUGUAACAGGCAGCUCCAAAGACAUCAUAAGUGAAAUACUUAUCCUUAAAGGCAAAAAUGCUCUCCUCGGAGAUUUAUAGCAACACCACCACAUCCACGGCUACGGCUGCAGUGGGAACCACAGCAACUGCCUCGGCGGCCACUGCAUCCACGACGACAACAACGACGGAAGCCACCACGGUGAAGGUGGUGAAACCGAAGAAACGCCGCAAGCGACGCAAACGCGCAGGUCACGCAAUCACCACCACCACCACCGAAAAGAGCGCCGCCAUCAGCACUCCCGGUAGCAAAGCGAGCAGUCCCCGCACCCAAACCGGGGAGCCCGCUUCCUCUGCUCCGUCUGCCACCUCAAAUGGGGCCAGGAAGACCAAGGCACCCUACUUCCAGCACGACAACCGCGAGUACCUGGCCAAGUACGAGAGCUUCCGUUUGACCGCCCACACGUGGAACUACGCGGCGGUGGCCAGGAAGUUUAAGCCCUUGCGGCCGGCGUUGGCAAGCGGCGCCAACAAGACCAGGCGACCAGCAGUCUCCAAGAGGACUCACCCGGACUGCGCUUGCGCCUGCCAACAGAAGGACCCGGAGCCGGCACUUGAGCCGGCCCACCGAACAGCUGAGCACUCCAUCCAGAAGGAGCUGCCUUCGUCACAGAUGAAAAUCAAUAUCGAUGGCAGCGUCCUGCUCGAGCUGCUCAAGUAUUCCUCGAGCAGUCUGCUGGGGACACUGCUGGGAGCCGGCAGUGCUGUGGCCACAAGUGCUCGUGACACCCAUCAAAUAGCCGAGGCUCAACAACAGAAGAACGCCAGGCUGCGCGAGGCCUUCAACAUAUCCGAGUACUUCGUCGAGGGCAGCAGCUUCGACGGCGAUCGCAAGGCGAAGGAAGACCUGGCCAAAAGCGUGGCUCUCCAAAAGGAACUGGACGCCCAGCGCGAGAGCCUGGCAGCGGCGGCAGCCGCCGCAGCAGCCGGCAAGGACAAGGAGACCGGGAAGCGGUAUGCCCUAGUGCGCACUCCUUCCCGCGAACGGGAUCGCGAUGCUGGCGAUGCGGCAGCCAAUGGCGACGAACGCGAUCAUGUCUCCAAGACGGACAAAAAGAAGCACAAGAAGCGCGCCAGAGAGAGUUCGGCCAGUCCUGAGCGCAAGAAGAAGAAGAAGUCGAAGAAGCACAAGAAAGAGAGUAAGUCAAAGAAGAAAAAGUCGCGCAAGCGCAAGCACAGCGAGAGUGGCCUGGACAGCGACCGGGAUAGCGACGAGGAGGAUGACAGCAGCGAGGAGGAGCGACGCGAGUCGAAGAGUGCCCGAAAGAAGGCCAAGAAGGACAAGGAUAGCUUUCAAUGGCUCUCUUGUAGUUUUAAAAAACGCGACAAGAAGCUGAAAAAGAAGUCACGCGCACGGGCCAGUUCCUCGGACUCGGAGCGCACGAACUCCCCCUCGCGGAAGGAGAACAAAUCGGACAGGUCCCGUGGGGCAAAGGCUUCCAAGUCCGAUGAGAAGGCUCCGCAGCAGGAAAAUGUCAUGCGCAGCCGUUCUCGCGAGCGCAAGGAUACGAAAUCCAGGCCACUCGAAGCCUCCAUAGACAGUCGUCAACACAAGCCGAGGGGACGAUCAGCGGAUACUCCACCGCGCAAGAAGACGGAAAGACAUCGAGAGCGCUCUAAGGAUAGGCAGCGCUCCAAGGAGGAGCACAGAUCGAGGGACAGACAGCGAUCUAGGGAGAGGCAGCGGUCUAAGGAAAGACAGCAAUCUAGGGAGAGGCAGCGGUCUAAGGAAAGAAAGCGGUCCAAAGAAAGACAGCGCUCUAUUGAAAGACAGCGAUCCAAAGAAAGACAAAGAUCCAAGGAAAACCAGAGAUCCAAGGAAAGACAGCGGUCCAGGUCGAAGGACGUACUGAGAUGCAAGGAGAAACCGCAAUCCAAGGAACAAGAACGGUCCAGGGAAAGACGUCGAUCGAAAUCUAAGGAUAGACAAAGGUCCAAGGACAAACACAGGCCUAAGGAUGAAAAACAAUCAGUGGACAAAAGGCGAGAUAGAUCCACGGAUCGGAAGGAAAAUCAACGUUCCAACGUGCGACAACGGUCGAAUGAGAGGCAGCGCUCGAAGGAUAGGGAGCGCUCGAAGGAUAGACAGCGUUCAAGGGAGAGGCGACGCUCUAAGGAGAGGCAACUGUCCAAGGAUAGGCCAGGCUUAAGGGAAAGGCAGCGUUCCAACGAGAGGAAACGAUCAAAGGAGAGGCAGCCCUCCAGGGAAAGACAGCGUUCAAGGGAGAGGCAGCGCUCUAGGGAGCCACUGCAAUCAAAGGAUAGGCCACGUUCCAAGGAGCGGCAGCGUUCCAGAGAACGUCCAGCCAAGGAACCCCGGCCCACACGAUCGCCAAGAGAGCGCAGUUCCAAAUCAAGAGACGACCGCCGACAGCGGUCUCCUACCAAUGCUAGCAGGAAGCAAAACGAUGACACUAAAUUAAGCCGCAAUGCCCGAUUCAAAUCGCCACCCAAUUCCCCAGGGGCGCCACCGAAGAAGUCGGUGCCAACGCCAGCCUUCAAUCCCUUUAAAGCGGCCGAGGACACUGUUAACGACAUCCUUGGCACAAAGUCGGUGAUGGUGGCCCUGGAACAGACUAAGCGAAAGCGGGCGGCUUCCAGCUCUAGCUCGGAUUCCGGCAGCUCCAGUAGUAGCUCGACUUCCUCGCGUACGCCAUCUCCUAAGCCCACACCAAGGAAACAAAAGAAGAGCAAGACCCCAGAUCAAAAAGAGGUUAAGAAGGAGGUCAGCCCCAAGAAGGAGAGCCGCGUUAGCGUGAAACGAGAGCAAUCGAACUCCCCGCAAAAGUCAAAGUCAAAGGGCAAGGUGGACGACCCGAGUCCCAAGCGUACGAGCCGUCGUUCUCGCUCCGUUUCCUCUGAGCUGCGGUACUCGCCAGCUGAACGUCAUCCGGAACGCUACCACGACAUUGUGCGGGACAAAAAACGAUCGUCCAAAGUUAGGGAAGCCCACUCGACGAAACCCGCUCCAGUGGUCCGCCUGAGGGCACAAAGCGACGACGGCAGCGAUGCGGAAACAGGAGUAGAUGGUGCCGCCUUAGAGGAAUUCCAGCAGAGCAGGCGCGAACACGAGGAACAGCAGGAGCUGCGCAUGCUGGAGCAACUGAAGUCUGGGAUAGCGGCCAAGGCCAAGCAAAAGAUCAAGAUCAUGGAGAAAGACCCGGCCAAAGAGGGUAGCGAAGUAAGUGGCAGUGACCAGGUGACGGCUACCAAACGUAACUCGCUAAGCGAAUUCCUUGUUGCUAACAACGUGACCGCUUUGAUUAACACACUGACUACAACAACGGUAACACUGACAACGACGCCCCCGCCGCCUUUGGCGGUGAUUGUGCCGCUGGAGCAGCGCCAGGAGCAGCCUCAGCAGCGGGAUCCUGAUCGAGAGCUGUCUGUGCCUGUGGAGGACCCGGUCAAGAAAAGGGACACCAGCACCCCGCCCGUUUGCAAGACGCCCCAAGUGGCGGCGAAUGGCGACGCAAAGAGUCCGACAUUGGUUCACAAGAACCACGUGCACCACAACAGGCCGCCUCCACAGCAUAUACAUCACCACUCGCAGCAGCAGCAUCACCAGCAUCCUCCGGGGAAGCGUAUCUUCCACAACCGCACGCUGAACAAUAACCCUAACAGUAGACAUAGUACUAACAACCCUCAUGCAUGUGUUGGUGGCGGGGUACCUCAUUCGAAUUCCAACAGUAGCAAUAGCGGCGGGAACAGCAACAACGCGGCCAUGCUCCCGUUUCUGGCGGGUACUCCGGGCACAUACAAUCGCACCACAAACCGCCUCAACCACGGUCCCCUGCUAACCGCCACACACUACAACAUCUGCAAGAACCACCAGCACAGCCUGCAGCAGCAGCAGGCGCACCACCUGGCUCGUGGCCUGGUCUACAACUCGGCUCUCUUCGGCCAUGGACAGCGCCAUCCGGGACUGCUGUCCCUGACGGGAGCUGGUGUGGGCAUGAGUGGGCCAGGUGCUCCGCUGUUGGGUCAUCCGUCGCAUGUCCGGGGUGGUGGCGGGCCCAUUAGCUUCAAUGCGGCGGCGGCGGCUGCGGCUGUGGCCGCCAAUAGUAUUAGCUACCUUCAUCAUCACCAUCAACACCAACAGAAACCGAAAAUCGUUAUAAAACCAUUCAAAAUUCACGAUCCACAGCCCCUAGUCGCAGCGCUCGCAGACAGCUCACUGGUGGAUGCCAUCGUCUCCAAGGUAUCCACGGCCACCGUGGCGGCGGCGGAGAGUGCGGCCCGUAGAAGCCGCAGUCGCGAUCGUCGGAGUCGCAGCAAGAGGCGCACCAGCACCAGCCAUCAUCGACAUGACUCCAGCAGCGAGUCGAGAUCGCGGUACAGCACUUCCAGCAGUCGCAGCGGAUCGCACAGCUCCAGAUCCGGGUCGCACUCCUCCCGCUCCAGCUGCUCCUCGAACAGCAGCUCGGGCAGCUCCUCCUCCGGCAGCGGAUCCGGAUCAUCACAGUCCGGCUCUCGAUCGCCCUCCAUCCCAAGGCGUCGCGGCUCGCCAAGCUUUCUGGACAGACGUCGCAUAACGAGCGCUCGCAAGCGACCGAUUCCCUAUCACCACAAGGCGAACGCCGAGGGCGAGGUGGAGGAGGCCUCGAGUUGCUGCUCCAGUUGCUUUAGCCGCGCCAGCAGUCCUGCCACGCCCCUUCUCACGCCCCUGCGCAACAGCCGGAGUCCGUCGAUGGUCGCCUUCUGAGUGUUAACCGCGUCGCUGCGCAAGAUGUGCGGCGAGUCCUGAGGCACGGGUGCCCCUCAAUCAUCACCAUCACCGUAGUCACCUCCUCUAGUCAGACUCCUAGUUUUAAGAUAGUUGUUAUGCGCAUUUAACUUGUUUUACACUGCAUUCCGUAGCCCUAAGUUAGUCAUCUGCCCAUGAAUUUACUAGCGAAAUUAUAUUGUAGCGCCGAUAUUAAGCCAAUAAUACUCGUUCGUAAGCCUUUGCUCGAUUAUUUGCUAGUUCUAAGCUGCGUUUUAAUAAAAAACAGACAUUUGUUGCAUCUCAAAA